AUGACCCCAAUCCAAGAUAUGGAUGCCCUGCAUUACAAGGACACAGACAAUAUUGAAGAUCUGGGGUAUGAUGAAGUCAAUGAACAUGAUGAGGAACCACAGCACCCUAUUGACAACAUCUACCAACCACUGCCAGAACCUGACAUGGCCUUUGAAGACAAUACACCAGACCCUGGGCCUACAGAGACUGUAUUUGAGUAUCUGGCAGAAGGGACUGAUGAUGCAUCAGAAUCUGACUCAUCAAAUGCACCAUCAGAUCGAGCAUCUGACAGCUCAAGAGACAAGACAUACUGGCUCACAAUGCCAUCAGAACCUCCACCACUGCUGAAUGAACUCAACCAGAGCAUCCAAAACAGAGUGGCUGCAGAACACCUCUCAAUGCAAACAGUUCAGCAUUAUCACAACAAAUUUGCCAUGACACACAACCUGUACCCUUGGCUACACCUGACGAUGCUUGCAAUACUCCUCAAAACAUACCUGUGGAUGUUCCCACCCAAGGCUGAUAUACACCAUUUUCAAGAAAAUCUCCAACACAAUGGCAAAUUGGUGGAUAUUGGCAACUUUCCAGCAUAUGAUGCUAGUGCCCAUGCAAUCUCCACCAUGAAUCUCAAACCAUUGGUGAAGGAGGCUCUGACCAGACCAGACCAAAUUCAUUGGCAUGAAGCUAUCAGGGCAGAAAUGGAUGGAUUAGAAAGUAUGAACAUCUGGGAAACAGUGGACAGACCAGAGGGGGCAAACCUUGUAGACUCCAAAUUGGUACUCCAAGUGAAGACAGAUGCAAAUAACAUACCAUACAAGUUUAAAGCCAAGUUCUGUGUGCAUGGUUUCUCCCAACAGGAGGGUAUCAACUACAAUGAGAUCUUCACACCAGUCAUACCCAGGGAUGCCAUCCAGACCCUACUGGUGAUUGCUGCCAGGUUUGACUGGGAACUUGAUUCAAUUGACAUCAUGCAAGCUUACCUGAAUGCUGAGCUGCAUCAUCAUGUUUAUCUCAAGCUGCUGGAGGGCACAGAGGUACCAGCUAAUAAAGUGUAUAAGCUGGUCAAAAGCCUAUAUGGACUCAAGCAGUCCAGCAGGGAGUGGCACAAGGAAUUGGACACACACCAGCAAUGUAUAGGUCUGUUCCCAUUGGCCAACAUCCCCUGCAUGUAUUCAAGAGGCACUGGAGCAACACAGGUGAUCAUUUCAGUAUAUGUCAACAAUAUGCUCAUCAUGUCACCAUCUUGUGACCAGGUUGACCAAGUCAAAAGGGAAAUUGUCCAAAAGUGGAAGAUCACUGAUAAUGGACUGGCAACAGAGUUCCUCAAGAUCAAGCUCACACAGGAUCACAUUAGAUGGAUGAUUGACUUAGAUCAAUGGGCAUACAUACAGCAAAUCAUCAAAGAGUGGAUCUGA